AUGGCCGACGCCACGCUGUACCGCCCCGCUGGCCACCCAGAGAAGGCCCGACUGGUCUUCAACGCCCAGCUGCACCAGCAACUCAAGAGCAUAGCAAAAAACCGCGAGAUUUCGGCUGUGCCUGGGGCUCCCACUAUCUCCAGCAAUGGCAGCAUGCGUCCCACGCAGCCCAUGGUGCUCAACGGCGCCGGUCGCUCCACAGAGCUCAACGGAUGGAGCCUGGAGAAGAAGAUGAUGGCACUGGCCGAGGCGCUUGACCUACUACGCCGCCCUUUCUUCUUCUACCUGGACUUCGGCACUGCUGCGGCGGCCGAGGCAUCGAAUGGAGGCAGCGCCGGAGCCUCAGGGGACCGCAAACUCACCUACCACUCGUACUUUAACAAGAUGCUGCCACUACACCUGGGCCAAACCGUGCUGCUUGACCUAUGGGACUAUUUGAUGGACAUGGUCGACCACGUGCCUGUGCGUAACCGUUGCCGCGCGAUAUAUACGCAGGCAGCAGUAUACAUCUGCCGUCGUGUGGAGUUUAUCGAGGGAUACCCACUGGACGGACAGCAGGUGCAUCUGGACUCGCUCGUGUUGAAGCGAUACAUCCGCUUACUGGAACGAAGCGUGCGCUUCUGCUCGGUCAAGAUCCGCAAGGCGCGAUUCAUGGCUGAGGAGCACCGAUUCUUCGUCGCACACAUCUACACCGCGGUGUAUUUCCGCUUCCCGUUCGCCACUCCCAAGCUCCUGGAAGCUGUGUUACAGUGCACGGAAAAAAUCGAGGGAAGGGGAGAAACAAGCAAAAUAACUAGCAACGGAUCAAGCAGAAAUCGGAACGGAGUGAAGAAUGACACGCGUCCUCCUCAGACAAAGCGGCGACGACCACACCGCGAGAGUAUUUCCGGCAGUUUGCGCAGCCCUCGACAGUACCGUCGCCACUGGAACGAUCUCUCAGAAUCCAAGUGUCGACCAGACCGGAUCAGUGGCGUCGACUUGCAGCUCGAGAUCUUCUCGUCGUUUUCCGAGUACAAGUCGAGCCGCGGCACAGAUCGUCUAGUGGUGCCUGUGAAAGGUGGAGGAGGCACGCCGGGUAUCCCGCAGGAUAUGUUGAAGAAGGGUUCUAGCAACAAAUCCAUCUCUGCCGCGCUCGAAGCUGUGUUUCAGCAGGGCAUGAACCGCGUCGGCGAGGAGCAAGAAGUGACGUUCCUUUACCAGCUCCCGCUGCUGUAUAUCGGUCACAAGCUGCAGAACGACGCAUUCGUCAAGUUGACAGUGACAACUCAAGACAAGAUCGAGGCUGGACUUAAUCUCAUCCUUGAACGCGUGAGUUCUCCGGGAAGGGACGAUCUCAUGGCGGUGACUUUCGUGGCUGCUGUGCUGAGUGACGUGAGCAGUUGGUGCAACCACCGCUAUGCGGAUGGCCGUAUUCUGUGGCAUUGCGUGCCUGGUUACUUUGCGCUCGUGCGCUUGUACGUGGCAGUUUUUCAGCGGAUGUGUCAGCGGCGUGCACGGUCUAGUGGGGGUGCUUCGUCCAUGCCUUCUGUGAAUCGCAUUCUUUCCAUUAUUGAAGGCAAGGCGAGUGAUCCUUGGGAAGACUAUUGGAAUGACCGGGAAAUUGAAACCGUGCUGGAUGCUGGCAGCGAGGUGCUUAAGAAUGAAGCGCUGGUUAAUGUGCUGAUGCAGGUGAUCUUGGAAAGCACCAACAUCCUCGAUCCGACGAGUGUCAAUUACUCGUUUGGUAUUCUGCAACGCAUGCUCGAGGUCGCUUCGAUGGCUGCAAUGCCUGCUGCAACAGAGCCUGGGUCUCCUGGGAAGUUUGGCGGUCGAGUUCGUCACUGCUUGGGAGCAGUGUUUGAUGGCGACUACUUUCUGAACAGCAUGCGUAGCGCGUUGCAGUCAUCGCACGUGCAAACGCUUUUGAAAGUUCUCACCUGCAUCUACAACUGUAUCGACUUGUUGCCGACUGCUGCUCGCAAACGACUUGUCGCGGAACUCAUCCUGCGGGAGAACUUUUUCCAUUUCUUUCUGCACUGGAACGAAGAGAUUCGGAAGAUCUUCUCGUACAUGAUCGUGUUCAAGACUUCGGCUUCAAACCGAUUAGAUCUUCCUACUGCAUCUGACCGGAUUCUACUUGCCCAGACCCCAUUCUUCGAGGUUAGUCUGCAAUCAAGAUCCAAUGGCUCAAGUUUGUCUGCUGCAUCGCCUGCACUCAGUUACUUGAGUCACUUAAGUGAACUGGCUCAGGCCAUGUUGCGUCCCACUGCAGACAGUGAGAUGGAUCCGGCGAAGAAAGCUGCCGUGGGCAAGAAGGCUCUUCAGCGUUUAAUGAAUUGGGACGCCAGUGCGCGCUUGAAGCGUACACGUAGUGGUGGCGAUGCUGUGUUCCGAGAUAGUCUCGUUGACGAGGAAUUGUCAGUGGAUCUCUCUAUCGCCAGCAAGUUGGAUGCGAACUUCAAGAUGAUUGCCGAGCAAAUGGAUCCGGUGAAACACCAGCGUGGUCCGCGUGCUAAACGGUAUUUUCCUCGGGAGUUGGAAGCUUACGCUGAACGCGCGCUGUCGCAGUACGUUUUGGUGCUCUGGGAGUACUACGAAGCAGCGUUCGAGAACCCGGCGAAGAUGCCGGUCGCACCGUCCCUGGAGUUCACAAUUUCCGUGCCGUUCUUCUCCGAUUAA